GUCUAGACAACUGCGAUCUGUCUUCUAUCCAUCCCGAAGUCUUAAGAAAAUACAAUUGCAUGAAAAAUGGCAGACAAAGCCAAAUCAACCGGAGCAGCAGAAAGCAAGAAUGCGGAACAAAUCGCACUGGCCAAAUCCCUGCACCAAGUGCCAUGGUGCGAACAAUAUGAGCGAAUGAUUUCGGGCAUGCUAUACGACGCCUUUGCCCCCGAACUAGCAACAGCCCGCUUCAAAGCGCGAGCAUGGUGCAACCGAUACAACACUUACUUCCCACCUCCGGAAGCAAUUGAACUCCAAUCCCACGAAGCCCUCCAAAAGCUACGCAUGGACUGGCUCAAAGAACUCAUAGGCGCCACAAAGGGGGAUGAAAUAUUCAUCGAACCACCCUUUUACGUCGACUACGGCUGUAAUAUCUCCCUAGGAGAAAGAUUCUAUGCAAACUUCAACCUGACUAUUCUUGACUGUGGCCUCGUCACCAUCGGAAAUAGGUGCAUGUUCGGUCCUAAUGUUUCUAUAUACGCUGCUACACAUGAAACGGAUGUGCAGAGUCGGAGGGAUAAUAUAGAGUAUGCGAAACCGGUUGUUAUUGGGGAUGAUUGUUGGAUUGGUGGGCAUGUGGUUAUAUUGCCUGGUGUGACGAUUGGAAAUGGAUGUACUAUCGCGGCAGGCGCGGUGGUAAGUCGCGAUAUUCCGGGUUGGAGUGUGGCUAUGGGGCAGCCUGCGAAGGUGGUUAAGAGUGUGAAGCCUAUAGAUUAAUGUUGGUAUAGCAAUACUGCCUAUCUAGGCGGUCCGGCACCUCACUACUAUCCCCCCCCCCUUGUUUUUACAACCGGGUCAUCAAUUUAUUAUUAUACAGUAUUACUGGCUCAUCAGCUUGUUGGAUUAGCUGUUCUAUGAAUCUAGUGCUAGCGAC